AUGGUACAGGACCAAGGUCUCUCUGCACGGAGCAGGAACAGCAAUGAAGAUCAAGAUGUCUCCAAAGAGAGUUGUGCCAACGUGCUCGAGUGCUUGCAGAGCAAGCCGCGCAUGACAUGGAGGCUUCGAGCGGCGUGGCUGCUAGGUUCUCUUGCAUUAGCAGUCUGCAUCUAUGGACCGAAGGUCACUCCAGCACCUAUGCUCUUCACAGUAUUCGUAGCGGUUGCCUUGCCAGGAAAGCGAAGUCUUUCCUGUAGCAGAUUGGGACUGACAGAUGCUCAGCCUUUUCUGUUCCGUGGUUAUCUCGCUCGAAACUUGCGCUGGCACUUGCAACGAUGGCGGCUUUAUGUGAAAUGGACAGCUGAUCGUGUGGACCAGGAUCUGCACUGUGUUUGGCGAUGCGUGCUCCCACUUUCACCUCGACAAGCCCUUGCUCGGGCCGUGCGUGGAGAGAGCCGCAGCCUUCUCAUGUACCACACCGCUGCAUCUGCUGGCUUCCUGCUUCCACCGGAGGUGGUUGCAUGUAGCCAUCUCCCUGAGCCCGGCCUUCGAGCCCACACCGUCCGUCUCUUGAAAGAACAGUGGGAAAGCGAAGCCCGGCAGCUGGCACCCAUCCCGGAACUGAGUGAAAGAAGCUACAAAGGCACCUGGAAGAGCCUUGCAUGCAUUGCCUUGGGCGUCUGGGAGUAA